AAGGAAGCUGUACAAAAUAAAACUGGCUUAUUGAUUAAGAUGAACUUUCAGGCUGUAUGUAUUCAUCAGUUCAGCACACCUCUGUGUUGUGCUUAAUUUAAAUGCUAUCUUUCAUUUCACCCUAAGCCUAGUCUCAUACUUCUAAGAAUUACACCAAUUUCUUUGUGCAAAACUCUCUGCCACCCACUUGGCAGGAUGGCUGAGGAGGUUCCAUACACCGCUGUGAGCUUCACACAAAAGAAAAUCAAGCCAGGGGAGCCGGGGAGUAAGACGCUAACAGAACCAAAUGAUAACAUCACUUAUGCAGUGGUAGUAACAGAAAAAAAGCAGCAGCAGAAAGAGCCUCAAAGAGCAGUCCCAGUGGAGGACGUCACAUAUGAAAACGUUGGAAAAAUAUUUAAUCCGCAGCAGGAAGAUGCUAACUGUCAAGUAGAUGCCUAUGAAUUUCACAAAGACAAUGACAUAUAUGAAGCCUAUAGCAAUGAUGGCUGGAAAAAGGAUGAACACAAAAAGCAGUCCAAUGGAAAGAAAAGUAAAGCUCCUGAGAAUCAAAAAGGCGGGUGUUUAAAGCUGCUGCUUCUAUUGCUGUGUGCUGUGCUACUGAGUGUUGUCUCCUCCCUGAGUGUUUACUAUGUCACUGUCGGCAAAUUUAAAGAAAAUGAAGAUGCCCUGCACGUCAACUUAAUUAGAAUCCAAAAAAAAUUUAAAAAUUUACAAGAAAACUUCACUGUGCUGCAACAAAAUGUGACACAACUAAAAAAUGAGAGCUCAGCACUGAAUGAGAACUACAAGAAGCUGCAAUCAAAUAAAACAAGGCUGGAAGAUUACAACCAGAAGCUGCUAUCAAAUAUUACACAGUUGGAAAAUUACAACAUGAAGCUGCUAUCAAAUAUUACAGAGCUGGAAAAGGACAACGGUGAGUUACAAUCUAGUUACGUUGAACUUCAUUCUACAAUUUCCUCACUUAAUAAGAGUCACACUGAGCUGAUUUUGAGAUUUAGAGAUUUAGAUGAAUUCUGUCCUGUUACAGACCAGCUGACUCAGGCAAGGAAGUGCAGUGUCUGCCCAAAUGAAUGGCUGCAGUCCAACAGAAAUUGCUAUUACUUCUCGACAGAUAAACUGAACUGGGAUGACAGUCGCAAACAAUGCACAUCAAUGAAUGGACACUUGGUGAUAAUAGAGAGUAAAGAGGAGCAGACUUUCUUAAUAAACACAAUAAAAACCAAUGUAGAAACUACAGAGAAAAUAUACUGGAUUGGACUGAGUGACCAGGAGAUAGAUGGUCAGUUUGUUUGGGUGGACAACAGACCCCUGGAUGUUAAUAUCAGGUUUUGGGGUAAAAGACAAAAUGAUAAUGGGACUGAGCCAGACCACUGGACUGAUGAACUGAACAAUCCCUUUGGACAGAACUGUGUGUGUCUGCAGAAAAAAAAGCCCUCCAGUGGCUGGUAUGGUUUAAACUGUGAAAACCAAAAGAAAAGAAUCUGUGAGGCAGCCGCAUCAACUUUUCCAAGCCGUAUAUAAAUUGUAAACAAGAGUAGUUGAGUAGUCGGCUUAAUGCUUCAAUCCAAUGGUUUCUCUGAAGUGACGAACAGCAGAAUUCCCUUUGCAUGGGGAAGUUUCUGUAACAAUAUUGAAAACGGCAUGACCAAAGAUCAUUUAACCUCAAAUGCUUACUUUCUUUAGUUAUAAUGCAAGCCAAAAAAUAACUGGAACUCAAUUGGCAUCUUAAAAAAAGAGUGGAAAUCCAUCAUACGUAGAAUAUUACAUUUAUUUAAAACUGUCCGAAAAGUACCCAAGGCAAGACUCAGCCUACCAGCACUGCCAUCUAGCUCCAGCAGCCAUUAACUUUAGAAAUGUACUACAAUAACAUCACUGUGGACAAAAUGUUUUGCAAACUUUUCAGACAGCCUCAGUGUCACAAUCACUCUAAAUCCAUUAAUGGUGAUACUUGAUGGGCUCCCAGAUGGCAUUGACAUGCAUAAGGAUUGUCACAGCCUUCACCACACUAUUAGUACACAGAUUUACUUUGCUCAUCUGGAAGAAUCCCAACCCACCUUGCAUAACUCAGUGUUCUGAAUUAUCUAAAGUUAGAAAAAGUCAAAUUCUCUCUUAGAGGGUAUGUCUGAAAAUUUUAAAGGAUGCCAAGAAUUUAUUAAAAUUAUGUUAGAAUAAGCGUGUUGGGCCUGUGAUUAACUUUAUUGUUAUUGCUUUUUCUCUUUCCCGGUGUCUCUCUUCUCUUUAUCUUUCUUUUGGGUGGGGGGUUCAGUCUUGUUUUACUUUAUUUUGCUUAGGAUUUGUUCUUCUUCUUUGCAUUUCAAUUGUUUCUGUAUCUGUAAAUGGCUGUUUUGUUAUCCUAAAUUAAAAAAAAAAUGGAA